AUGCCGAGAACGCGUCGUCUCCUCAAUGACGAAAUCACUUUCUCCGUCGCGAAGGAGCGAGAGGUUAAUAUUCUUCAUCAGUUGGAUUACCAUGAUAAACAGACGCGCUUCUUCUCUCAUCUCAAUAGUAAACAUGCCUGGAUGAAAGCUGUGGUUGUCCAUCAUCUGGGUCUACGGUCAACGGAGGUGUGUCAAGUGGCAGAAACGAAAGAUUGGCUCUGUGGGAGCUUCAAUGUUUCCGUCCCAGUCACAAUUCAGGACUGGAAAAGAAGGCAACAGCAAGGUCACAGCGUCCUUCUCCGGUUCCCGCUUCCGCACCGUGUCGGCGAAGCUGGAGACGAAAAGAUUCAAUGUGAGGCCGGUGCCUACGCAUGGCUUCAAGCAAAUUGUCCAGGCGUCCCUAUUCCUCAACUAUACGGCUUUGCCACGUCAACGGGUGAAACUUUCACUCACGUUGAGAAUCUGCCUUUUCUGAGUCGUUACUUCCAGCACUUGCGUCGGCGAUUAUUAUCCUGGUUUGGUCUCCCUGUGCCCUCAUGCUAUGUCCGCCAUUCGAACAGAACUUUGGCUUCGUUUGAGGGUGUGACCGGCGCGGGAUAUCUACUGAUAGAGAAAAUCGAGGAGCCUCGAGGCACUAUGCUGUCUAACACAUGGUCGCUGAAACGGCAUGAUACAAAACUGCGGCAGAACUUCUUUCGAGACCUUUCGCGGAUCUUGCUGAGUAUUAGCAGCAUACCUUUCCCGCAGAUUGGCUCCUUCGUCAUAGACUCUAAAGGAUUCUUGCGUCUGAGCAACCGCCCUCUUUCAAUUGAGAUCGUGGACUUAGAAAACGAGCAAAUCACAACAGACAUGCCCCGUCACUACACGUAUUCCACCGUUGACUCUUACGUGGCGGAUAUUUUAAGAGUCCAUGACAGUCGACUCCGUGACCAACCCAACGCUGUCAAUAACUUAGAGGACUGCGCCUAUCAAAUGUCGGCUCUGGCGGCAAUACGAACCACAUCCCCCAAUAUCUUCGUCGAUGAGAACUGGCAUAUAACAUGCCUCGUUGAUCUGGAAUGGGCAUGCUCGCGCCCAAUCGAAAUGGUUGAGCCCCCUUACUGGCUAACAAACAAAGGUGUGGAUGAGAUCGAUCCCAAAGACUACGAUACGCUUCGCAGAGAACUGAUGAGCAUCUUGGCGUCGGAGGAGACGAAACUACUCAGUUCCGUUACCUCACCGGAUACUGACCACACAGUACCCCGACUGUCAGAAGUCAUGGAAGAGGCUUGGACGAGAGGUACGUUCUGGUAUACAUUGGCUCUCUCCAGUCCGACGGGUCUCUUCCGAAUAUUUUAUGAGCAUAUCCAGCCACUGUUAUCCGAGCAUUGCUCGGAGGAAAUUGGUGAGAUUAUGCCCUUUUACUGGGUACGAGAUGUGGGAAAGUUUGUUGCAAGAAAGGUCUCCGAUAAGAAGAAGUAUGAUUCUGAUUUGCAGCGGGCUUUCGAGGAGGAUUGA